AAGCCCUUUGUAUGUAUACCCUGUCGCCUUUAUUUUGCAACAACUCUGUAAAGUAGGAAGUACUUUAUUUUUAUAAAUGAUGAAACUUGAGUGUAAAAGAGGCUAAGUAAUAUAAGAGCAAGGAUUUGAAUCAGAUGGGUGUUCAGUGCCAUAGGGUUUUUUUUAUAUGCCACACUUUGCUAUGUUCUCCAGUAAGACCUGUCAAAUAUAUCUCUCAAGCUUAUGUGCAAUACGUUCUUCAGUUUCUUGCCUUCAUGUAAUAAGCACAGUGCUUUUGAUCUUAAAAUAUAAUUAAUUCAGUUCUGAUCAUGGGUGGCUGUUUGCUUUCAAUGAGAAAGCACAUAUGUAAAGCAAAAGUUAAAAUUGGAUCAGAUAAUGUGUAUCUCUGUCCAGGUGUGCCGACUUUAUAGAAUACUUAGAAAUGCCAACAUUAGUUUAUUUUCUUUUACUCUGUUGGAUAUGUGGAACUUUAUUUAGAAGAAUAAAUUGAGAGUCCAAAGACACCUGGAGGAAAAAAUACUAAAAAAACCACAUUUCUAAUUAGCUGAAAAUUGUCACUACCAGAAGAGCCACAAUGUAACUCCAACUUGCAUUGUUUUAAGUAAGCACAAACAAGAUUGUGUAAUCUAAGAUACAUAAGCUAAUUUGUACUGUGCAUUUUACAGUUUUAAAGCCUGAGUGGAAAUGGGUAUAUUUACUUGUCCAUCAUUUGUUUGUAUAUUUGUGUACCUGAUUCUCAGUAAACUAGAAGAAAUGGUGUCUCAAAACUGUAGAGGAGUAUUGAGUACAGAAACAACAUGAUUGUGUGCUGUUUCCUCAGUAUUCAAAAUGAGUGAAGUUUUCUUUAUUUUUUUCUCUUGAAAAACUGAUUGUUUGCUUUGUUAUUUUUGUCAUCUAUCUUAAAAUUGGCCAGUAUCCAGUGAAUUGUGAGAGAAAAUGCUAAAUAUUUAGCCUUCUAGCUAGAACUUCUUGUGCUGCUAAAUUUUGAUUUCUCAGUUGCCCCGCACUGUUAGCACACUUUCAUUCUUUAACAUUGCUCUUUGUUCCUGAGGAAAAUGCUAUAAGAAAAUAGGAAUUUCCUCUCACCAUUACGCCUCUGGCAGUGUGUUUCCAUCUAAUUCCUGGCUGGCACUCUGUCCAGGUUACAACCCCUUCUCAUUACUAGCAGAGUCUAAAUUCUGCUCAUCUACUAAAAGGGGGAUUCCAGACAGACGAGGAAACAGCUUUCAAACACUGCACUGCAGGCAUAUUAAGUUAUUCCCCCAAUGUGUAGUCGGGAAAUCAGGGACCACUUCUCUGGCGAUGAAUUCUAAUGAGCUGCUAAAGAUGCCGAAGGGUGUGUGUACACAGGCGUUUUCUUUCCCCUCCCCCCUUCUUCCUUUUCCCAAGCCCCCUCUUCUCCCCGUUUCCCCUCCUCCUCCUCCUUUAUCCCCUCCCUCUGUGUCUCAGUUCUGCAGUAAACGGGGCUGAGGCACAUUCCUGCACUGCAAGGCUUUCUCUUAAGGAUGUUUUGUGGCUUUUGUUUGGAUUGCAGCAUGCAGAAUUACAGCUGUUCAGAGGAGACUCAUUACAACUCUUGCUGAAGCUCCUAAUCUUCCUCCCUUCUCUUCUGCCCCUAACCCCUACCCUCAUUGGCCUGAAGACAAUGUACCCAGAGUUUGCCUUACUCCCCUGGCGCUAUGUGUAUGGUAAACCUGGUACUAUGGCCACAUCUGGGACUGGCCAGACAACUGCUGCUGGUUCUCCCUAUUCCAAGAAGGAUUUAAAGGGGAAUUACACUGCAGGCAAUGCACCAGAGCAGCAUCAGGAGCUUGGGGACUAAGGCUCCUCUGGCAUUAUUACAGACACACAGAGCUGACCGCAAUGACAGCAGCUGCUCCUUUGAACUGUUGGCAGCAGCCAAGCGGCAGCAUGAAGUGAGAGAUCACUCCUGAGCUCAAGAUGAACUCUACCUUGGAUGGUAAUCAGAGCAGCCGCCCUUUUUGCCUCUUGACAUUUGGCUAUUUGGAAACUGUCAAUUUUUGCCUUUUGGAAGUAUUGAUUAUUGUCUUUCUCACCGUAUUGAUUAUUUCUGGCAACAUCAUUGUGAUUUUUGUAUUUCACUGUGCACCUUUGUUGAACCACCAUACUACAAGUUAUUUUAUUCAGACUAUGGCAUAUGCUGACCUCUUGGUUGGGGUAAGCUGCUUGGUCCCUUCUUUAUCACUCCUCCACUACCCCCUCCCAGUAGAGGAGUCUUUGACUUGCCAGGUAUUUGGUUUUGUAGUAUCAGUUCUGAAGAGUGUCUCCAUGGCCUCUCUGGCCUGUAUCAGCAUCGAUAGAUAUAUUGCCAUCACUAAACCUUUAACCUAUAAUACCCUGGUUACACCUUGGAGACUACGCCUGUGUAUUUUCCUGAUUUGGCUAUAUUCCACCCUGGUCUUCCUGCCUUCCUUUUUCCACUGGGGCAAACCUGGAUAUCAUGGAGAUGUGUUUCAGUGGUGUGCAGAGUCCUGGCACACCGACCCCUACUUCACCCUGUUCAUCGUGAUGAUGUUAUAUGCCCCGGCAGCCCUCAUUGUGUGCUUCACCUAUUUCAACAUCUUCCGCAUCUGCCAACAGCACACAAAGGAAAUCAGCGAAAGGCAAGCCCGCUUCAGCAACCAGAGUGGGGAGACUGGGGAGGUGCAGAGCUGUUCCGAUAAGCGCUAUGCCAUGGUCCUGUUCCGAAUUACUAGUGUAUUUUACAUCCUCUGGUUGCCAUACAUCAUCUACUUCUUAUUGGAGAGCUCCACUGGCCACAGCAACCGCUUCGCAUCCUUCUUGACCACCUGGCUUGCUAUUAGUAACAGUUUCUGUAACUGUGUCAUUUAUAGUCUCUCCAACAGUGUCUUCCAAAGGGGACUAAAGCGCCUCUCAGGGGCCAUGUGUACUUCUUGUGCAAGUCAGACCAUAGCUAAGGACCCUUACACAGUUAGGAGCAAAGACCCCCUUAACGGAUGCCAUAUCUGAAGUGACUCAGAUAUUGGAUCACUAUGUGUGUGUGUGUGUGUGUGUGUGUUUCCUUUUUAUCUCUUUGUAUCCCUAGCUUACUAGGAGAUCUGGGACAAAAUAAUUCAACUCUAAGCAGUAGCAAACAAAUGAUCCACUGAACAUACCUUCUAAGUUUGCAGAAAUUAUUUUCUAAAAAGUGCUUUGAAUCGGAGAAUCAGGAUCAUGAAGAGAAAUUGCUCUUGAUUCCAGUUUUUGUAAUGUCAUGGAAAUGAUGACAUUUUGAAGAUUUAAAAUAAAUAAAACCAUAUCUAACACCUCUCUUCAGCUGGCAUGACUGAACCUGGGUGUGAAAAGCGUCAGCAUUUUUAAAAAGCCAUUUUCCUGUCGCUUUUCUAGGCUCUUUCUGUUUGGGCUUCAUGUACAAUUGAAUUCUUUUAAGGGGAAUAUUAAAAAAUAGUGAUGAAUUAACAGGAUUUAAAUUUUGCUUUAUAUAUGCCAAAGUAGAACUACACUGCAGACUUCAGCACUGUCAUUUAGAAAGCCAAAUGUUUUAUGUUUUAGGUCUUCUCUUGAGAGAAUUCUCAAUACAUAUUGUUGAAUAACAUGAACACCUAAGCGUUAAUUUUAGAAUUUUGCAGUGCACCAUGAGUGAAGCAAAAAGGCAGUCAAUUCAUACAAUUUAGGAAAAAUUGAGCUACUUUCUGUGGCAUGCUUCAUGGGGAUCUAAAGAAAUGUGUGCAUGGAAAGUGAUUGCGCUGUAGUGUUUUUGCCCAUGCCUUUGUGUGUGUGUGUAUUGAAAACGUUUGAAUUUAGAUUUCUCUUUACAGCAAAGUGUAUUUUAAUAAGCUGAAAAACAAAUGAUAGGUUAAUGGCUGCCAUUUUUAUAAUGGUGAAAAUAUAUAGAAAUGAAUCUUUAGUCUUUUUUUUUUUUAAUCCACAAACUUUGAAAUGUCAGAAUAUCUGGGAGAAAAAGAUGUCCUAAUAAGCAACUGAGUCAGAAAAUAUACUGUAUAUUUAACUAGUUCCUUUUUAAAUAGAAGGGGAUUGAGAUGUUCUCUUUGUGGUUAAAUGGAAUCAACAAAGUAGCAUCUAAUCUUUUUAAAAGCAUUUUUUUGGUGUUAAGAAAUGCACAUUUGAAUGCGAGAAGGAGAAAUUCGGAUUAAGUCUCUUUUAUUGCUCUUUCUGGACAAAAAAAUCCUUUGAUGUAACAGUUCUUUACUUAGUCUUUUUUUUUUUUUAAGCCAAAGUACUAGCAAAAUCUAUAGGAUUUUUAUUAUUUAUUCUGUAGAAUUAUUGAAAGUGCUGUGUAUUGUAUGUACUGGUGAUGUUUUGUUCUUCAAGUGAUUAUCUUUAGAACAAGAAGUUUAUUUUUCUAAAAGGAGAGAAGGAUUUCCCAGCAGCUCCAGGCAUGAGAGUAUUUCCUCUGCUUUUCUACUGGUUUUAAUGUUUUAGAAGUCUUCAGGGGGCUUAUGUGAUCUCUGCCUUUGGCUAGAUGUUAUAAUCUGAAUACAACAAUGGUAUUCAGUGAGAUGGAAGAAACCCAAGGGAAAUGGGUAAAGUGGAGUUUUGAAUCCAACAAAGGAUGCAGAUAUUUAUAAAACAGGCAAAUAGGCUUUGGUUUUCUGUCAUGAUAUUAGAAAACCUACUACCCCUUUUAAUAUAAAGGGCAGCAUUCUUAACGAUUUUAGGUCUUAGAUUUUAACUUCAAAUGUGUGCUGUACUUUAAACUUUUUUAUUUUAAGUGAAUAAGUAUUACAUAAACAUUUAAAUUUCAGAUUCUGAAUUCUUCCCAAAAGCUUGCUUGCUCUUUAUAUUUAGUACUAAAAAACUUGAUUCUAAGCUGUUUCAGUAUUUAGAACUCAUGUUGAAAUUGCAAGUUAUAUUAGCAGUGGCUCUGUUAAAUUGCCAUUUGAAUUGAAAAACCUUUUCUCUUGGAUUUUGAGAAAUGGUUAUGCAUAUUUCUCCUUUAUUUACAUGCCACAAAUCUAAAGAAAAACAAAGUUUCCUUUUUCUUCAUACAUGUUGGAGAAAGUAACCUGUUCAGAUUUGCAGUUUGCUUGUGAGUUUUAGUUUAGCAAAGAUGAGAAUCUUAAAGAUUAAUUUUUAUAAAAAACUGAUGUUAAAUCGGUGGAGUUUUGUUUUUGGGGGAUGCUGAGCCCUUUUAAUUUUUUCCUGCAGUAGCAUUCCAUCUUGUGAGAAAGAGAAAACUCUUUGAGAAAGAUCUUAAUGGAAAUUUUAUGGAAAGACCACUGGAAGUGGCUAAUCAAGCUGAUCUUUUUUUAAAAUUUUUUAAUUUUUUUUUUUUUUUUAAUUUACAUCCAAAUUAGUUAGCAUAUAGUGCAACAAUGAUUUCAGGCGUAGAUUCCUUAGUGCCCCUUACCUGUUUAGCCCAUCCCCCCUCGCACAACCCCUCCAGUAACCCUCAGUUUGUUCUCCAUAUUUAUGAGUCUCUUCUGUUUUGUCCCCCUCCCAGUUUUUAUAUUAUUUUUGCUUCCCUUCCCUUAUGUUCAUCUGUUUUGUCUCUUAAAGUCCUCAUAUGAGUGAAGUCAUAUGGUAUUUGUCUUUCUCUGAGUAAUUUCGUCAAGCUGAUCUUUUAAUGACUCAAAAGACACCUCUUUUCAUAAGAGCUUUUGUUAACAGAUUUUUACAUUUUUAUCCUGGUACCAAAUUUAGAUGUUAUUAGAACUACUUUUUUCACAUAAGAAUCUCUGUCAACGUCUCAGCCUAAAACUAGAGACUCUAUACACUAAUUUUAAAGAAAAAUCCCCCCAUUCCCCACUGGUAAACUUGCUUAAUACCAGAUGUCUUUCCAGUUUAUCUGUCUUCAUUGGACUGUAUAAAGUCUACGUUUUCUUCCAGUUACCAGUUCUUUUCUCACAUUCUUGAUUGUCUGUACUGCCUUUUAAUUUUUAUUUUCUUGUGUGUGUGCAUGUUAGGGGAGAACGGGGUGAGCCUGGAUGUCAGCAGUCAAUCUUUAGUGGCUAGGGGCAUUUUCUAUGUGAUACAUUUGGACAGUUCAUAUUAAAGUAACCUUUUCAUCUUGGCAUACUUAGUGCAACAUUUGAUGACGUUUGGUUUAAAUACCAAUCUUGCUAGUUCAGAAUGAAAAAAAAGUAUAUUUUUAGAUUCAAUUACCUUGGGCUUUGGCAAGACAGUGCAUUUAACUAUAUAUGGUAUGUGACUGAUAUCAGAGGAAGCACAAGCUUUUGGUAAUUGUGUUGAAAUUAUUUCAUAGUAAAUGUUCAGAUAAGACAAUACUAAUUGUUACAUUUGUAAAUUAGUUAUACGUUUUUAUACAGUGAUUUCAGAGAAGAUGUUUUUUUUCCUCUUAGAGCAGAAAAGCAGCUGCAAAAGGACAAGUGGUCUACUUUAAUGAAAGAACUGUCUUAUACCAGAAAGGAUAUUUGAAUUUUUCAUGGAUCUGUUGACUCCCAAAUUCCAUUUUGUAAAGGGUUUUCCUUAAGCUUUAUUGCUGGAUGAAUUUCUUUUUGAGCCUUUUCUAAUGGCUUUUCCUUUUUACUUGAAUAAUGGUCUCAGUAUUUUAAGGAUUGGGAAAACUUGAAUUUUUAUACUAUAAAUGCAUUGUCCACUCACUCUUUGAACUUGAAAAUGAAGCAACAGGGUUACAAGUUCCCAGACAGUGGAGUGGUUUCUGGGAGAGUUUCCUCAGCCUUUCAGGUUUGAUCGAAAAAUCUGCACAGUGGCUUUGUAGGAAAUGUUUUAACUUUGCUAUGUGUUUUUGUAUCAUAGAAGACUUGUGAAAUAAAUUAUUGGCAAACCAGAAUUUUUUGUUAUAUGAGCACAUUGUGGGAAGAUUAAAGUGGGAGAAAUGUGGCAUUUAUGAUUUUUUUAAGUCUUCACAAAUUGUUCUCUGUGUUGUUUUUGCAUAAUUUUUCUAUUUCAGGUUGAAGGAAAACUAAAUAUUUUAUAUUAAGUGUACAUAUUAAUAUAUUUUACAUGCCCUGGCAUUAUUCUAGACAUUUCUUAUAGCUGAAAAUGAGUCAUUUGGCUUUUCUUCAAAAUUUGGGUGACAAGGGCACCAUGAUAUGAUUAAAUUGAACUUUGAAUUGAGAAAAAAUCCAGGUUUCUGUUACAAAUUAACUAGUUUUAUAAGGGCAAGUCACUUCUCUAAGCACUUAAUUUCUUCUAUAAAAGGAGAUAAUAAUCCCCUUAUCCCUCAUAGGGUUACUUUGGCAAUUGAAUUAGAUAAUGGAUGUAAAAGUACUUUGUAAUAUGUAAAGUGCUUUGCAAUAAAAAUGAGUACUAUUAUUUGUAUCUGCCAUGGUUUCACAUCUGAGGAAGUCACACAUAAUGGAAUGGUGUCCCCCUACGUUAAGGUCUUAGAAGCUCAGUGCUGGGUGACUAUUCCCAUGCUAGUUAGCAAUCCCAAAUUUGAGAAGAGAGGCAUGAUAAAUCUUCGCCGUUCUAAAAUGACAGUAGUGUUAAAUUCAUAAAACUGUUUUCAUUUAUUUCCUUUACUUGUCUGUAAAGUCUCUAAAGGCAGGGACAGUGUCUCUUCAUAUCUUCAUCCCCAAAAUCUAACAUGGGAGCUGGCUCAGAGCAGAAGUUUUAUAGUAAACUUUACAAAAUUAAUGAAUGAUUCUUUCUAAUUAUUAGUUCUAGUCAUUAUACAGCAGUAAUGUUCAAAAGGAGGUGCAGAGCCCACAAGCACUUCUGUUUGCUCAAGGCUGUUCUAGACUGUAAAUGACAAAAGGUAGCUUUUUAAUACCAAGAGACUAGUGUCGGAAUGUGCAUGCGCUGUAUGGCAGGUAACUUUACACCUGGAAACCUGGUAGCCUUGACCCAGGGAACUUCAGACACUGCUGUCAAACUGCCAGUUUCUCACAGCAUGGAUAAGAAACAGGUAUUUGGAUCACAUCACCUUCUUGGCUCUGAAUGCAGAUAAGGUAGGCUGUAAAAAUCUGUCACAAGAAAAGAGGAGGUAUAUAGACUAUCUUGGUGAAAGAAGCUAUUCUGUGGUUUUGCUUUGUCUCUCAGUCUUUACCAGUUUUCUAGUUUUGUCUUCCUUUCUUUUCUUAACAUGCAUUGGUCAUGUAUUCAGAGAGAUGUGCUUCAGAUGACACUGCUGGAGGUUGUGGAAAAUUCUGUUUGCAAUAACAGUGGGUUUAGGGAAAGCUUAAACAAUCAGGAAGCCCUUAUGCACCAAGCUCCACUCUAUACCAGACAUUGCAAAUAGCUGGCCUCAGAGGGAUAUAAAGAAAGAUCACCGGGGCGCCUGGGCAGCUCAGUUGGUUAAGCGUCCAACUUCUGCUCAGGUCACGAUCUCGUGGUUCGUGAUUUCGAGCCCCACAUCGAGCUCUGUGCUGACAGCUCAGAGCCUGGAGCCUGCUUUGGAUUCUGUGUCUCCCUCUUUCUCUGUAGCCCUCCCCCUCCACUUGCACUCUGCCUCUCUCUCUCUCUCUCUCUCUCUCUGCCUCUCUCUCUCUCUCUC